CUCGGCUCAUUCGCAUCGCAUCGCAGCGUUCUCGAUCUCGGAUGUAUUGCUGUCCUUUCGCCAUCUAGUAUUCCCUGAGGCAUUUUCAUCACUUCCUUUCCCCGGCUCUUCUUGAACCUGUGACGGUGUCGCUUCACAAUGGACGACCCAGCGAGCCGUCUCCCCGGGCAGUUGCUGCCGCACAUGCAUCUGCUGUCGCGGCAUCGCUACCCCCUCAUGCACAUGAUGCCCACCGAGACCGUCGUCGAAUACCUUCUGUCCGCUCAAAAGAUCGUCCGUGAGGCGCAACCGAUGCAUUGGUCCUUCUUGGAUGGCCCUCAGGAUGGAACCGUCAUGCUCACCUGGCAACCCCUGAACCACCUGGGGACCAACUUUGCCAGCGAUGGCUACGUCUGGGCGGACGUUGAACAGGCGUUCACCUUCGAAGCUCGCGGCUAUGUGCUAGAAAUGUGGCUACACCGCAGUGGCUACCACCCCCCGAAUGAGUCGGUUGCCAUCCAUUGCCGCCGACGUUACCGAUUGCUCCCUUCGAAAGUCCCGAACCCCGGCAUGCCCCCGCCAGACCCGUCCUUGUGGAUCGUUCACUACUCGCGAGCUCCUCAAUCCGACCACAUCCCCGCAAAUCGAAUUCCUGUACUCCCGCAAGUUCAGGGCAUGCUGGCACAGCGCCGCUUCUUGCAGAGCCAGGGACAGCUGGCCCGCAAGGACUUCAUGCUGCACGACCGGAACAACUGGCCGACGAUCAAUUUCCCCCAGCAGAUGGCACCACAGGGGUUCGCGCAAGUGCCCGGGCCUUAUCCGAAUGCCAUGGUUGGACGUCAGCCCUAUUAUCCGCCGCCCGUCCAGGGAGUGCCAGCUCCCGCGGGCGCGGCACCGGUAAAGGCACCCCGCGGACAUCGUGCGUCCUCCGCCGCAAUGAACGCUGCCACCGCCGACUUUGCGCUCGAGGAUGAAGACGUUUCCGCCGGUGAUAUGAUGGAUCUCUUGACCCCUCGCGAAGUGAGCAAGAUGCGAUACCAGCAACAUCACGAGUGGAUGGAGGAAAUCUUCGCCUCCCCAUACGCCAUCAGCCAGAUCACUCCCGUUUCUCUGGGCCUAGGUCGCAAAGGCGAGCUGGAGUCCUUGACGGCGGGAUUCUUCGAUGCACCCGAUUCGAAAGACGCCGGUGAUGCCGCCGCCACCAAAAUGGAACCCGCGAAGGCCGAAGAGUUCGCCGAUCGCGUGGCCAAGAGAGUGUCGGAUAUGACGGCGGAGAUCGAGAAGCUGAAAAAGCGACAUGCUCGCCGGAUGGAGAAAUUCAACCGCACUUCCUUGCUCAAAGACGCCGAGAUUCGACUUCGGGACUCUGCGACCGACCCUGCCGAUACGGGCACGGAGGUCUGGAGACUGGAGGGUCGUGUGGUGGUCCCUACCGAAGAGGAUGACGAGCAGAUCGCUCCGCCUUCCGACCCCAAAGCCACGCACAAGGUGGGCGACGUGAUCAAGGAAGUCGAGACUGCGUGGCAGAAGCAUAUUGCUCUGGAGCCCAAGGUCGCCUGCGUGCAAAAGGGCGGCUUGUUGGAGAAGAUCGAGCCGGAGCAGAAGCCGGAACAGCCCCCGCAGGGAGAUAUCGACAUGGACCAGGGCGAUGCACUUCUCAACCAGUUCGGCGCCAACUCGGGGCCGGCUCAAGGCAUUACUGCGCCCGCACACGAUGUAUCGACAGGCGCGCCCGGGGGUGUUGGUGUCGGUGCCGGGGCCCCGGCGCCGCCCCCACAAGCGACGAAUAUCUCGCAACAGUCAGCUCCGGGGCUGGACAUUGAAAUGAACAUGGGCAAUGGGCAUCCGGUCAGUACCGCUGCGGGAGAGACCGGCGAUUGGGUGAUGGUUGACGGCGACAAGAAGGGUCAGUCGACAGAGAAAGGAAACAUCGGCGAAACGUCUCUACCUGGCAUCGACACGCCCGGCAGCGGAAUGCAGGGCCUGACUCCGGGCAACACAGCGGGCGACAGUGCCUUGGACGGCGCCAACUUCGACUUCACCAACAUGGAUAGCGCGGGCGAUGCGCUGGCGGCGUACACGGAGCAGAACGACGACCUUGACCUGCCGGAUCUGGAGAACUCGGCGUUUGGCGAUGCAUUCCACGCCUCGGACAACGAGAAUACCCAUCACCACGACGCCGACGACUUGGCAUGAGCUGGCAGGGCGCGUAUUUGAGGGGAUUUUCUUCAUCUCUUGGAGUGGGUGGUCUACGGUGUUGUCGGUCUUACGAAUACGUUCUGGCGCGGGUUUUGUUUUCCUGUAAAACUAGGAGUGCAGCUACUUCUUUCUUUUUUCCUUUUUCUGGACAUUUAUCUCCCUCAGCUGCCGUGGGAGCUGACUGAGGAUAAUUUUCUUUUGAUAUCAAUUUGAACGAUUUCUG